AUGUCGCAGCCGAGCACCCAAAAGAAGUUCGGAAAGUCGACCCGGGAGGUCCCUCACCACUCCGAGAAGGCCCAGAAGUGGUACCCGGCUGAGGAUGAGCCCAAGCCCAAGACGACCCGCAAGGCUCUCCGACCCUGGGCCCCGAGAACCUCCCUCAAAGCCGGCACCGUCCUCAUUCUCCUGGCUGGCCGGUUCCGUGGCAAGCGGGUUGUCCUCCUCAAGACCCUCGACCAGGGUGUUCUGCUCGUUACCGGCCCCUUCAAGAUCAACGGUGUUCCCCUGAGACGAGUCAACGCCCGAUAUGUCAUCGCCACCUCUCACCAGGUCGACCUGAAGGGCCUGGACCAGAGCAAGAUCGACGAGAUCGCGCAAGCCAAGUACUUCACCGCGGACAAGGCCAAAAACAAGGCGAGCGAGGAGGCUUUCUUCAAGCAGGGCGAGAAGCCGGAGAAGAAGGAGAUCAACAGCAGCCGCGCGGCGGACCAGAAGACCGUCGACAAGGCUCUGCUUGCCAACAUCAAGAAGGUCGACAUGCUCGCCAGUUACCUCUCGAGCUCGUUCAGCCUACGCAAAGGCGACAAGCCCCACGAGAUGAAGUGGUAG